AUGGUGAACGCUGAAGGGUGCGCGCGGGCAAAACAGGUCAAGCUUGUGACUGAGAUGAUCAACCGGGGUAGCCAGAGUCGGUACGUGCAGGAGACGUGGGUACCCCAGUCCGACGUCUUCGUCACGGACGCUGUCUCAAGCGGCGACGGGUGGGAGCUCCUCGAGCCCGUCGUCCACAGCAGCUGGCGGAGUAUCGCCAGGUCGCUGCGCAAGCUGUUCAGGUGCAGCGGCUCGGCCGGGUGGCAGAGGCUCUACCGCGAGUGGAGGCACCCGCGCGGCAACCUCGGCCGGAGGCUCUCGUGGACACGCGUACGUUUGGGCAAGCCAGACGUGUUCACAGGCGAGGAGCACAAGUGGAAUGACUGGAAGGUGAUCUUCAAGGACAACAUGAAGCAGGCCUCGCAGCAGUUGUGCUGCAUCCUGCUCCUGCUCUGCUGGCAGCACCCACUGACGACGAUCGUCAACGCUGGCGAGAAUGAGGGCUUCCAGGCUUGGCGCAAGCUGGUCGAGUACUACGAGCCAACUGCGAGGUCGCGCAUCGCCGGGCAGGUGCUGAAUCUCCAGAACUUUGCGUUCACAGGCGAUGUCGAGGACAGGCUGGCGCUUUUCGAGCGGGAGCUCCUCAGGUACGAGCAGAUUAGCGGCGAGGCCAUCUCGGCCUCCAUGAGGACUGGCAUCGUCUUUCGGCAGCUCGAGGAAAGCCCUCUCCGCCAGCGCCUCCUGCUCAACGCGACCCGGCUGGUGGAGUGGCCCGACUUCCGACGCGAUCUCACCGAGAUCUGCCGUGCCCAGAGUGCCAUCGCGCCGGUGCUUGUGCCCAUGGACCUGAGUGCGUUCACCAGAGGCGACGGCAAGGGCAAGUCCAGGGGUGGUGGCAAGGGCAAGAGCAAGGCCGGUGGCAAGGGGAAGAGCAAAGGCGACAGCAAGGGCAAGUCCAAGUCCGACGGCAAGGGUAGGACCGGCAGCAAAGCUCAUGGCCAGCAGCUUGGGCCCCUCUGCUGGGGCUGCGGCGGUCGCGGCCGCGCCCGGCGCGACUGCCCGAGCAAGAGCAGGGGGGCGGUGGCGAGCAUGGAGCAGACGCUGGCUCGCAUCGACGCCUCGCAGCUGAUGAGCACGACUACGCAGUCGGACAGCUACCCGUUCGCGAACCUCCACUCCCUCAUCAUCGACGACCCGGAGCCUGACAAGGCGGACGGUGUCCACUCUGCGAUCGGAGUGGCCCUGGUCCUGAGCAUGAUCCUCGGCAACUCGGAUGCGGAGGAGGACGAGCUCAACGGCAUCUUGCGCGUGGGCACCGACUCGUACGCGGCGGCCUCGGUUCUGCCGCGCGUCUCGUGCGCGGACUACCUGGUGCGCGAGGGUGGCGAGGCGAUCUCGUGCAAGACCGCCUCCGGCCACUGCGUGAGUGACGAGGGCGAGAAGCACCUCGUGGGAACGAUGCCUGGGGCCUCCCAGGCACGCGCCGCCAAGUUCAGGGUGGCGGACGUCAGCAAGCCGUUGCUGAGCGUCGCGGAGAUGGUCGACUCUGGCCAUCUUCUCGUCUUCGACUCGGAGGGCGGGCAGGACAUGAGCUACGCGUGCCACAGGGCCAGCAGAGACGUUGUCAAGUUCUGCCGCAGGAACAAGGUCUACGAGAUGGACGUGCACGUCGACCCGUGCGCGCCGGAGGUCUGCCCGGUCGAGGUGGCAGGCCCGGAGCCUCCCAGGGGUGAGGCCGGCCAGUCAGGCCCGGCUCACGAGGAGGUCUCGGAGGGCCCGCGGGUGCGACCGGCGAGGGGGCCCGCGGCGCCGACGGAGGCCGAGCGGCGAGCCGUGCACGAGGUGCUGCACGAGCCCUACAGGGCAUGGUGCCGGGAGUGUGUCUCCGGCCGGGGCCUGUCAGCAGGCCAUCAGACGAAGGACCGCCAGGAGUCGGCGUUCGCGGUGGUUGGCAUCGACAACGGCUACCUCGGCGACUUGGAGGACGCCUCGCCGCUGCUGAUCGGCAAGGGCCCGAAGCAGCGCUGGUUCCACGCGUCGACGGUUCCGUCCAAGGGGGCGCAGCGCCCUUGGCCGGCGAAGUCAUGGUCCAAGAGGCAGGCGUCGGCUGGCCACAAGCGCUUCGUCUUCCGCUCGGACGGCGAGGCGCCGCUCGUCGCCUUGAAGACCCGCGUCGGGGCCAAACUCGAGGAGGAGCACGGCGUCGUGGCGGUCCCUGAGGAGAGCGCGGUCGGCGACUCCCAGGGCAACGGCCUUGCCGAGCACGCGGUGGGCGACCUCCACGGCGUGAGCGUCGGCAUCGAGCGCCCGGUGACCCCGUGGAUGGUCGAGUUCGCGGCCAUGUCCAUCAACCUGGGCAGGCGGGGCGCGGGCGGCCGGACAGCUUGGGUGCUUCGACGCGGCCGCCCCUUCAACGGGGACCUGGCCUGCUUCUCGGAGAAGGACGAGCUCCUCGCCGGGCUCUACCUGGGGCCCGCGCUUCGGACGGGCGAGGUCUACAUCGGCACGGAGUUGGGCGUGCUGCGAGCCAGGGCCUUCAAGCGGUUGGCGAUCGACCAGCGGGCCGAGAAGGACCUGCUGAACAGCCUCGUGGGGAAGCCGUGGGCGCCGGUGCCGACGGACGUGGCGAUUGACGAAGUGCCGGUGGCCAUCGAGAUUCGAGCGCCGGUGCUGGUGCAGGUCGCGCCUGCCGGCGACCCUCUGGCGCCAGUCCCCGAGGCUGAGGACCUCCUGCCUCGGGCUCCCCGAGUCGGGCGGCCCUCGACAGGGCCGCGGGCUGUCUACAUCAGGAAGGACGUCGAGAUCGCGAAGUACGGGAUCACCCCGGGCUGCUACGGCUGUGCCGCGAUCCUCGGCGGUGCCCGGGCGCAGGCACAUGUGGCAGAGUGCCGCGCUCGGAUCGAGCAGGUGAUGCAGGACGACGAUGAGGCAAAGCAGAGGCUCGAGGAUGCCCGCGAGCGGGAGCGCCAUCGCGUCGACGUCGCCGGGCUGGUUCGCCCAGAGGGCGGCUCGUCAGGCAGUGGCGGGCCAGCCCCGGCUCAGCAGGUGCAGCCAGCAGCUGAGGCCGCGGCGGCGGCCGACGUGGCCAUGGCUCCGGCACUUCGCGACCCAGGCGACGACGACAUGCAGGAAGAGGUCGGUGCCCUCCUGCUCUCGCUCGGCUGUAGCGGGCGCAAGGCCGACGUGAUGGAGGUGAUCUGCCCAAAUAGGCUUGUGGGCUUCGCCCCGCUCUUCGGUCUGGUCCACGGCGGCUCGUUCGACUUGAGGGUCGGGUGGGGCCUGACCGACCGCCAGCAGCAGCGCCGGUGCCGCGAGCUGAUCGAGCACUGCGAGGUGCACUUCAUCCUGGGCAGCCCUCGCUGCGCGCCGUUCUCCAUGCUGAAGUACUUGAUCAAGGGCGCCGAGAUGCAGCGUGAGGUCUGCGCCAUCGAGUGCGAGAACUUAGAUCUGGACAUCGUGAAGAACGUGAUGGCCGUCCCCGGCGUCGAGGUCGGGCGGUGCGACCAGUGUGUGUUCGGCCUGGUGGUCGCGGACGCGCGCGGCGACAGGCUCGCCAAGAAGCCGACCGGGUGGAUGAGCAACAACAAGGGGGUGUUGGAGGAGGUUUGCAAGCGCUGCCCCAACGACGCCGGUGUUGGCAUCGGACACGAGCACUCCACCUUCGUCGGCAGGAACAUGCGCGUGGCGGAGAGGCACCGCGUGAAGCUCCUCCGUGCCAUCCUUCGUGGUCUCCACCGGCACCUCGGGAACAAGAAGGUGCUCGCGCUUGCGGCCCUGGACGGUGGGCCGAACGUGGACGACGAGGAGAUCAGCCUGGAGGACUUCGUCGGGGGGUGGCGCGACACCUUGAAGACCGAAUUCUACGACGACCUCGCCGGCUUACCGCUGGACCCCGCGCUGGUGAAGGCAGCGAGGCGCCUGGAGAUGGAUUUCAUGGCGCAGCUCGACGUGUGGGUUUACGCGAAGGACGAGGACUGCUACCGCGAGCUUGGCCGCAAGCCUCUCAGUGUGCGCUGGGUCGACAUCGACAAGGGCGACGCCGACCGGCCGGACUGCAGGUCCAGGAUCGUCGUGCAGGAGACCAAGGCGCAGAGCACCAUCGCUGGGGACGACAUCGGCGCGGUGUUCGCGCCGACCCCGCCGCUGGGGUGCCUUCGGCUCAUCAGCAGCAUGGUGAUGUCGAGCGACCCGUCCGAGGGUCGCGUGCACCCGAUGUCGCAGGAGGUCGGUGCAUGUGGGCUCUUGCGGGUGGCGCUCUACGGGGCGCGCGACGCUGGCCAGAACUUCGAGCUCGCGACCGCUGGCGCCGUCGUCGGAGCCGGCUGCGACCAGUCGGCCUUCUCCCCUUGCGUUUGCUGCCGUGAGGAUCUGCAGGUGAGUUUCUUUCGCCGCGGCGGUGACUUCGUGCUCGAGGGCUCUCGGGGCGGGGCCGAGUCGAUCCGCGAGACGCUGAAGACGAAGUUCAUCGUGAUGGACUGGGGCGUGCUCGGGCCGGAACCUACCGACUCGAAGGAGAUCGCGCGCCUCAGCCGGGUAGUGCGCAGGCGAGACCGAUGGGGCCAGGGGGGCGAGGCCAUCGAGUGCGAGGCGUGCCCCAGGCACGCGCAGAUCUUGCACGCGCAGCUUGGGAUGGACCCCCACGCUACGAAGUCGUUGAGCACCCCAGGGGUGGGCCAGAAGCUGACACCUGAGGUCGAGCAAGAGCUGAAUGAGCACGAGGCGGCGGAGUGCCGCAGCGCGUGCAUGAGGUUAGGCUACUUGGCACUCGACCGGCCAGAGGUGCAGUUCGCGGCCAAGGAGUGCGCUCGCGGCAUGCAGAAUCCGAAAGAGCGACACUUUCGCCUCCUGAAGCGCGCUGGGCGUCUCUUGAUUCGGGGGCGGCGCGCCAUCUGGGGGUGGGGCCGUCAGCGGACGCCGGCGGUGCUGGACAUCUACUCGGACACCGACUGGGCGGGCUGCCCGAUCACGCGGAGGAGUGCCAGUUCGGUCGUGGUCGAGCACGGGCAGCACUUGAUAGUGGCGGCCUCGACGACUCGGAUCUCCAUGUCCAUGAGCUCGGGCGAAGCGGAGUUCGACGGCUGCAUGCGAGCGGCCGGCAGGGCGAUCGGCAUGCAGUCGCUGUGCCAGGGCCUAGGCAGGGAGGCGGGCCUUCGCAUCUGGAGCGACUCGGCGGCGGCUCUCGGCAUCAUGCAGCGCCGGGGCUGCGGCAAGGUCAGGCGCCUCGAGACGCCGACGCUGUGGGUGCAGAAAGCGUUGAAGGACGGCCGGUUCCAGCUGGCCAAGGUCUCCGGGAAGGCAAACCUGGCGGACCUGGGGGCGAAGAUCCUCCACCAGGCGGCGAUGCUCCGAGCGCUGAAGAUGAUGAAUGUCGAGCUCUCGGACGCACCGCUCGCGAACUCCCUUCAGGCAGGGGUCGCCGGGAGCAGUACCCCGGCCCUUCUGCUCUGUACUCGGUUAGGAGCCUCUGGCCAGUCGCCCAUCGGCAAGGUCAUCGAGCUUCUGUCGAGCCUGGAAGCGCAAAUCCAGAAGGAAGGUGAAGAGUCUGCCAAGCUCAACAGCGAGAAGGAGGGGUGGUGCAAGGACACCGCCGUCAACCUCGGCUUCGAAAUCAAAACGGGAUCAGGCAAGGUUGAAGAGUUGAAGGCAGCGAUCGGCAAGGAGGCCGCCACUGUCAGCUCCCUGGCCAGCAGAGUGGAAGAUCUGGUGGCGACGAUCGCUAAGGACGACAAGGACCUUGCGGCGGCCACCAAGAUCCGUAACGCCGAGUCGUCGGACUUUGUUGCCGAGGAACACGAGCUCACGGAUACCAUCAGCGCACUGCAGAGGGCAAUCGAUAUUUUGCAGAGGGAGAUGUCCAAGUCUGGUGGAGCUGCCUUUGUCCAAGUCAAGAGCGCGGCGUCUGUGAUCCAGGCGUUGCAGGCCCUGGUGAAGGCCUCCGCGUUCAGCGCCGCUGACGCCAACACCCUCACAUCUUUCGUGCAGAGUCGCCAGGAAGCUGAAGAUAACGACGAGGAGCCUGGCGCUCCAGAGGCCGCCACUUACAAGAGCAAGAGCGGCAGCAUUGUGGACGUGCUGGAGGACCUUUUGGACAAAGCAAACGAGCAGCUGGACGCCGCGCGCAAGAAGGAGACCUCGGCCAGGCAUAAUUUUGAGAUGCUCGCUCAAUCACUGAAGGACGAGAUCAAGUUUUCCACCAAGGACAUGGACGAGGCCAAGAAAUCCUCCGCCUCUAGCAGCGAGGCCAAGUCCGAGGCUGAGGGGGCGCUGGCUGCUACGUCCAAGGACUUGGCGGGCGACAAGGCUGCCCUCGAGGAGCUGAAGAAGGAUUGCGCCACCCACGCUGAUGAUUACGCCGCGGAGGUGAAGAGCCGCGCCGAGGAGCUGAAGGCUGUACAGGACAGGGCUC